AGAUGAUUUUUUCUGUCUCCGCUUUUCACAUCUUUUAACGUGCCCACAAAUGGAGGUUUUGUUACAUGCCACUUAACGCUUGAGAAGUGACAGAAUACAUUUGGAAGCUGCUGGGAAGAUCAAAAUGAAGCUUUCAGCAAACAUCAUUGAAAUAAUUGCCUGCUGUAUCUUAAUCUUUGUUAGCAUAGUAGGAAAUGCCAUUUUGAUUUAUUGCACCUGGAGAUGCAUUACAAGACGCCUGCCAACAUCCUUUGCUCUAAUUUUCAGUCUUGCGAUAAUCCAUCUGCUCAAAAACCUGGUAGUCAACACUAUAAAUAUAGUAUUCAGUGCUAGGAUUUCUGCACAAUCCACUAGUUGUAAAAUUGGGUUGUUCACUGCGUCAUUGACCACCACUCUGGAAAUUUGGUUUACUCUUUACAUGGCCAUGUUCUACUGUGUAAAGCUCAAUCGCGUGGUCCAUCCAUUGCGUGCAUCUCCAAAUGGAAAGUGGAGGAAACAUCACCUGAUUGCUGUGGUCACUCUUUGGAUUGCUGGAAUCGCAGUUUGUUGUCCAUAUCUGGUCUUUGGAGAGACUAUAGAAUCUCUAACUUUAUCAAAUUCUUCCUCUUCUUCCUACCUUCAUCACAGUUUUCGCUAUGAGCAAUGCACAGUUGUGUUCAGAGACUCUCAGGUGGAAUUGUACUAUGAUAAAAUAUUUAUGGUCAUUAUAAAUCUUCUUCCCCUGCUGAUAUUGGUCAUGGUCAGUUUUCGCAUAGUGCUCCUUUUUCGAGAGCAGAAAAAGGCUACUUAUGGGAACAUCUGGAUUGGGCAUGAUGCCUCCGAGACAGAGGUUUUGAGAGCAUCAAAACUAAUAAUAAUUUUAAUGCUUUUGGUCACACUACUUUGGAUCUCCCAUUUUGUUUUAGUUUGUCUUUUAAAAAAUAUUGUGUCCUGGUGUUUAACUCCAACAAUACUCAUUGUCCUGUGCUCUGGAUAUUCUAGUCUAAGUCCGUACUUACUUAUGCUAAUUAAUUACAAAAUGAGUUUGAAGAUUAGAUCCUUGAGUUCUUUCUGUUGUACGAAUGCAAGAAAAACUCAGAUAUGCACGGGUCAAACAGUAGUGAUUCCGGAAAGGCCUAUAUCUGAGGAGUGA